GAGGCCGGAGUCCAGACGUCGAGGCGGCUGCUGACCGGGGGGCGAGCGAAAAUAUUUCUAGUCGUCUCCCUCCCUCAACCUCUCAUCAGAUCUGGCCACUCCCACGCACCCAGUCUCCUAAACCCUACACACCCUCCCCCCCUCUCCUCUCGCCGGCCGCGCCACCCGCCGCCGCCGCGGCCAUGGCCGCCGCCGGGGGUCUCCCAGCCUCGGCCACCCUCCUCCUCCUCGUCAUCGCCGCCGUGGCCGUCGCUCCCCUCGCCUCCGCCGUCCGCCCGGUUUCCGACGCCCACAGAUCCGCUGCCGCCGAGCUCUUCGCCGCUUCCCCCGACGGAUCCUUCGGCGAUUUGGAGACGACGUAUGAGGCGGUCAGGACGUUCCAGAUACUCGGGGUGGAGAAGGACAAGGGCUUGAUUGGUAAGGCGUGCAAGUUCGCCGCCGAGAAGCUGGCCUCCUCGUCAUCGUCGCCCGCGAAGGAUCUGUUCCACGCGGCCCGGAUCAGCGGCGUCCUCAAGUGCAGUGUUGAUUCCGGAGUUUACGAUGAUGUCGCUACGAGGCUUAAGGCUGUGAUCAAGGACACUAACUCGCUGCUGGAACUCUACUAUUCUGUGGGAGGGUUGCUCAGCAUCAAGGAACAAGGCCACAAUGUUGUUUUACCUGAUGCAGAUAACACAUUUCACGCAAUUAAGGCACUUAGCCAAAGUGACGGAAGAUGGCGUUAUGACACUAACAGCGCUGAAUCGAGCACGUUUGCUGCUGGUAUCGCACUAGAAGCAUUGUCUGCAGUUAUUUCACUGGCAGAUUCGGAAGUUGACUCAUCCAUGAUAGCUGUGGUGAAAAAUGACAUUGUGAAGCUAUUUGACACGAUCAAGAGCUAUGAUGAUGGGACAUUUUACUUUGACGAGAAGCAUGUUGAUGCUGCCGAAUACAAGGGCCCUAUAACAACAUCUGCUUCAGUAGUAAGGGGUGUCACCUCUUUUGCAGCUGUUGCUUCUGGGAAAUUGAAUAUCCCUGGUGAGAAAAUACUGGGUUUGGCGAAGUUUUUUCUUGGUAUAGGGCUACCAGGUAGCGCAAAGGAUUGCUUUAACCAGAUUGAGUCAUUAUCAUUCUUGGAAAACAAUAGGGUAUUUGUUCCUCUGGUCCUUUCACUUCCUUCCAAAGUAUUUUCGCUGACCUCCAAAGACCAGCUUAAGGUUGAAGUCACCACAGUAUUUGGAUCUGCUGCACCUCCUCUCAGAGUGAAUCUUGUACAAGUGCUGGGCUCUGACUCUAAGGUCAUCACUACUGAAACCAAGGAACUUCAGUUUGACCUUGAUAACAAUGUUCAUUACCUGGAUAUUGCUCCAUUGAAAAUAGAUGUUGGGAAGUACUCGCUUGUUUUUGAGAUUUCUCUUCAGGAACAAGAACAUGAAACUAUUUAUGCUACUGGAGGGACAAAUACUGAGGCGAUCUUUGUCACAGGAUUGAUCAAAGUUGAUAAGGCAGAAAUCGGAAUUUCUGAUAAUGAUGCUGGGACUGUGGAGUCUGUUCAAAAGAUAGAUCUGCAGAAAGAUACUAGUGUUUCUCUUUCUGCAAACCAUCUGCAGAAGUUGCGGUUAUCUUUUCAACUGAGUACACCACUCGGGAAGACAUUUAAACCUCACCAGGUGUUCCUCAAGUUAAAGCAUGAUGAAAGCAAGGUUGAGCAUUUAUUUGUUGUACCAGGCUCUGCAAGGCAGUUUAAAAUUGUUCUAGACUUUCUUGGUUUGGUGGAGAAAUUCUACUACCUUUCUGGAAGAUAUGACCUGGAGCUUGCAGUUGGUGAUGCUGCAAUGGAGAAUUCAUUUCUACGAGCCCUUGGCCAUAUUGAAUUGGACCUGCCUGAGGCCCCAGAAAAAGCCCCAAAGCCUCCGGCCCAGGCUGUUGAUCCAUUCUCAAAAUUUGGUCCGAAGAAGGAAAUAUCGCACAUAUUCCGUUCACCAGAGAAGAGGCCACCCAAGGAACUCUCAUUUGCGUUUACGGGCCUCACGCUUCUGCCUAUUGUUGGGUUCUUGAUUGGGCUUAUGCGUCUCGGGGUAAACUUGAAGAACUUCCCGUCCUUGCCAGCACCCGCAGCAUUUGCCUCACUUUUCCAUGCUGGAAUUGGAGCAGUGCUGCUGCUCUACGUUCUCUUCUGGAUUAAGCUGGAUCUUUUCACAACCCUGAAGUACCUCAGCUUCCUUGGUGUCUUCCUUGUGUUUGUGGGCCAUAGGGCUCUAUCUUACCUUUCCUCCACGUCAGCGAAACAGAAGACUGCUUGAGAGGACGAUCCAAAGAGGAGUAUUCCGAAUCACAAAAUUUUCAAGCGUCACAAGUUGCUUAGGUUCCUUAUUUUAGCACCUUCGCUUUGAUAUUCUGACCAUUUUUCUUGAGCAACUUCGAGUUACGAGGGACGAGUCGAUUUCAGUUUUGUGGGGGUUAAGAAUACUGGAGCUAGAAUGUAGGACCUCACCUUCUUGUAUGAUGAUGCCCUGAUGUGUUCUCAAUAGACGUAUGUUUGAUGAUAGAAUUAAUAAUAUCUUAUUCUGCAAAUGCAUAGUAUGCCUUUUGCAAAAAUUGAGUUCCA